GAUAAAUACUCAGACCUGGAGGAUAUCCUACAACGAUGGUGCCUAGCAUCAGGAGCCAAAUUCAAUAUGGAGAAAACUGAAAUAUUACCUAUUGGCAUGAAAGAUCAUCAUGCAGCGGUAGUGCAAGACCGGAAAUUGAAUGCUCUAGACGUGCCGUGGAGUGAGCAGGUCAUGGUAGCACAAGAUGGAAACCCAAUAAGGACACUGGGAGCCUGGAUAGGAAAUGAGAUAGAAUACUUAGCCUCAUGGAAACUGAUACUAUCAAAGAUUGAAAAACACCUUGCGAGAUGGAACACAUGCCACUCAACUCUCAAUGGGAAGCACCUAAUAGUGCAAAUGGUCAUUGGUGGAAUGUCACAAUUCCUGACAAAAGCACAAGAAAUGCCGAAGAUGAUAGAGAAAGUGAUAAUGAAACUAAUUAAAGACUUUAUCUCACCUAUCGGCCUAGGAAGGCCAGAACAGCCAACAUGGAAAGGAGGUAUAAACCUGCUAAACAUUAGUACACAAAAUAAAGCUAUUGAAAUUACUUGGCUAAGGGUGUACAUGAAUAUGUCUAAGUCCCAACCAGCAUGGGCCUUUGUGAUGGACUCUAUAAUAAAUGUCCUGAACCCUAAUGGGAUCACUGACAGUGCAGACAUAUGA